GCGGCAAAUUUACAUUUUGCUUUUUGAAAAAUACUUGGAGAGAUUUGAGAAAUUCUCAUUUCUACCUAAAUCAGAGAAAUAUAAUGGCAAAAAUUUUCAGCAUGAAGUUUAUGACACGCGGACUCGUUGUAAAUGUAAACAUAUCACACAAUGCAUUGCGCUAUACAUCGACUGCCGUUUUCAGAAAUUCAUCGCAGCUCGAUUUUGCUUUUCUGAAAACAAGCUAGCAAAUCGACCAGAUACUAUAAGAUUCAAAGUAGUGAAUACGGAUUUAAGAAGAGUCUCUCUGAAUCGUUUCCAAAGAAGCUGACACUUUUGUCAAAAUUUUUAUUUUUAUUAAUAUUUUUGUGAUAUUUUAUUUAUUUAUUUAUCUCUCUCUCUUGAUUCUGGACAUUGACUUCUUUUGGACUUGUUUACUGUGUUUCUAAGGUAAACUACAAUGGGAUUUGACAAAAAUAAACGGACAGAUGAAAAAAUGACGAAAAAGCGGCCGAUUGAGCGGCAGAAAAUGCGGCCAUGGCUGCAGGACAUGUUGGAAAAUGGUGGCGUCCAAGGGCUGGAAUGGUUUGAUAAACCUAAAGAUCAGUUUAAAAUCAACUGGAAGCAUGGGUCUAGACACGGCUUCAACACCAGAAAAGACGCCAGUCUCUUUGAGAAAUACGCCCAACACACAGGACGGUGGGAUCCCGAUGAUCCAAACCCAAAGAAAUGGAAGGCAAACUUCCGGUGUGCUCUCAACAGUCUCCAAAACGUCAUGGAGAUCAAACAACUGGGAGAAAGCAAGGGUGCGCAUGCCUACCGGGUAUAUCAAUUUUUGCCGGAGGAGGAGACGAAACCAAAAGAUGACCACAGAAAAACUAACAAAAAGAAAACAGAAAAAACAAAAUGCCGGAGAAAUUACAAAUCUGAGGACACAACGGACGAAGAAUCGGAGAAAGAGCAGGUAAUUCUAGAGAUGAUUCCGGCGGAAGAAUUAAAAAGUGAAGAAUUGUCCUCUACAUGGGUCAGUGAGGAGGCACCCCCAUCUACCCCUGUCUCUCCAAAGCCUCUGGUUCACGAGUUCACAUACAAAUAUCACAUGGCGGGCUGCAUUGUCAGACAGAUUCCCAGAAAGAGACCAGCCGAGCAAUCUCUCCCGAGGGAUGAUAAUGAAGAUCUGGCAGAAAUGACACAAUCGGAAGCUCAGCCUGUACAACAAACCAGAAAAAGAAGGCGGCUUAGCAAUUGUGAUGACGAAAGCAUGACGUCAUAUUCGCAACUUUCCGUGACCGAUGAAUCUUCCAACAUUUCCAGCUCUUCAGACUCCUGCCUCUCUACCCCCUCCAGUCCAGGAGAGGGAACGGACAAUUUGCCAAAUUUUGCAAACUUCUCCCCCUACAUCCUGGAUAAAGACUGGGUUGUAGAAAGCGAGGAAACGGUAACCACGACACAAUAAUAUAUUUAAGUGACCACAACAUUUGUUUACCACGUGACUGGGAUUAUGGUGUUAAAAUU